CAGCCAGGGGUCCUUCAGGUAGGAGGUCCUGGGUGACUUUGGACGUCCGCUCUGCCAGGUUGCAGAAGCUGCUUGGUGUGUGUCCUGCGCUAGUUCUCCUGUCUCCGUCGAGGUAGGCCUCUGCCGCAAACAUGCUUCGUCAGAUCAUCGGGCAAGCCAAGAAGCAUCCCAGCUUGAUUCCUCUCUUCGUAUUUAUUGGAGCGGGAGGAACUGGAGCAGCGCUGUAUGUGAUGCGCCUAGCAUUGUUCAAUCCAGACGUCAGCUGGGACAAGAAAAAUAAUCCAGAGCCUUGGAACAAACUGGGUCCCAAUGAACAAUAUAAGUUCUACUCAGUGAAUGUGGACUACAGCAAACUGAAGAAAGAAGGCCCUGACUUCUAAACCAUGGAUUUCGUCAUAAAGCUGCUUGUAAUGAAGGUCUUUCAGAAGCCAUCCGCACAAUUUUCCACUUAAUCAGGAAGUACUCCUCUGAAUGCAUGAAAUCAUGUCAGUUUUUUGGAGUAUGUUACACUGAUGAAUAAAUCUCUGAAACUUGG